AAAAAUAAUAAUGAUCAAUGGAUAUUGGUUGAUGAUUUUAAUUUUAAUAAUUUUAUCAAUAAUGUUGAUAAUCCGAAAAAAUUUUGGUAUUAUAAUCAAGAUUGGCUAGUUGAUGAUGAACCGGAAAAUCUUUGUAUGGGUAUGAACAUUUAUCAAUAUAGUUGCCAUCGUAAAGAAAAUGUUCGCGUAAAUAAAAAAGGUCAUCUAGAAAUUGUGGCCAAUAUUAAUGAACAUAUUCGUAAAACUGGUUAUAGUCGUGAACGUUUCCUAUUCGAUAGCGGUAUGAUUUCUUCGAAAAAAAGUUGGCUUUAUGGCCGUUUUGUAUUGAAAGCAAUAUUACCUGAAGGUCGAUCACUACGUUCGGUAUUUAUAUUGAGACCAGUUGAACCAAAAUAUUCAGGUGAUUGGCUUAAUAAUGGUCAAAUUAAUGGUCUUGUUUAUGCACAACAACAAUCAGCUAUUAUUGCAGGUAUUCAUUAUAAAAUGCCUGCUGGACAAUCAUAUAUGGGAAGAAAACUUUAUACACAACGUAAUAUAACACGUUCAUUUAAUAAUUAUGUAGUUGAAUGGUCCGAACAUUCUAUUCGUUGGAUGUUUAAUGAUUUUGUUUUUUUCGAACAUAAUGUAACGAAACCAUUUGAUCAACAAUUCAAUCUAAUAUUACAGCUUGGUGUUGGUGGACCAGAAUUUUCUGAUCAACGUUCUGGUGCUAUACAACAAAAUGAUUCAAAACAAUGGUAUAAUAAUCGAUUUAUAAUCGAUUCAAUUCGUGUUUAUCAACGUUCAUCUAGAAUUCCAUAUUAUUCACGUCAAUCAUCACGGUCAUCAUCAUUAUCAUUACAAAUGUCAUCUAAUAAAAUUUCAAUGACAAUAAUCAUCAUUAUAAUCUAUUAA